AUGUCCUAUUUUUGUAAUGGCGAAACAUAUGCGCGAAAAAAUGUCAACAGGCCAAAACCUUGUCGUCUCAAUCAUCACUCUACAGCACAAAUCCUCUUAACAUUCUAUCAAUCCAAGCAGAUUACCCUUCGUUUCUUUCCCUUCGCUAAGAAUGCCGCUAUAUCCCUAAUAACCAGUUGGAAUUCUUUGUAAAGAUCUUUCUGACGGGUGCUGUCGAGAGUGCAUAAUACAUGUUUGUUAAAACCUGCAAGUGACCAAGCUAUCAAAACGAGAUGAAUUCCAAAGGACUUGGAACUUGGUUCUAAAGCUCUUUGAUCUCCUACUCAUCACUGUCGGGAAGGAGUUUGAAUUUCAUUUUGACCGGCUACAAGACUGAAUCAGCUGAAGCAAGAGCAAAAGAAAGGCAAGAAGGAGCAGCAAAGAAAAAAGCUGGACAGCAUGCUGCGUAGUGGGUGUUUCUGAAAGCAAGCGACAGAGGGGGAGAAAGCAGAGGGAGAUAUGGAGAUCGAACAUUUCAGUCAUGAGCACCCGUUGACCCUCAUACAAAGUGAGAAAAAAAUCAGAAGAAAGUACAGAAACAACAUUAGAUGCAAAGGGUGCGAGAAAUCGUGCAACUUUCCACUCUAUGCUUGCACCGAAUGCUCUUUCUAUCUUCACAAGUCAUGCGCAGAGUUGCCGGAAGAGUUCCGAAAUCCCUUUCACCCACAUCCUCUCACGCUAGUCUUUGAUGCGGAUAUAUCAUAUGCCUGCCAGGCUUGUUUCAAAGGCUGCAAUGGGAUCCAUUUCCGCUGUGAGGAAUGCGAUAUUGAUCUGGAUGUCGAUUGUGCUCUUCUAAGGCCCGCUGUAGAAGAAGGGUCUAAGCAACUACAACACUUCACCCACUUGCAUCCGCUGGCACUCAUUGAGAAGAAGGAUAUCGAAGUUACUCGUCGUGUCAAGUGCCUUGUAUGUGGGGAACAUUGCUCGGGUCCUUGCUAUGGCUGUGACCCUUGCGGCGUCUUUCUUCACCAGCCAUGUGCUGAAUUCGAGUACCCACCAAAGAUCCAGCACUAUAUUCAUCCAUGCCCUCUCGCCCUGCACACUCGAGUACAUUCCUUUCGCUGCCGAGCCUGUGACACUUGUAUGCUGGGCAUUUGUUACCGUUGUGAGUUGUGUACAUUCUACAUUGAUGUUGAAUGUGCUCUAUUGAGCAGCAUAGAGUCUGAAGACCAAACGCAGAUUAAACAUUUUACCCAUCGGCAUCCCCUUUUCUCUGAGGAAUUAGAUGACGGUGAGCAAGUUAAAUGCUUUGCAUGUGGAACAGACUGCUCAGGACCAACCUAUGUUUGCAGCCGGGAAUUUUCACUCCAUAAAUCCUGUGCUUCGGUUAGUCCGAAGAUCUAUGACCUCCUUCACCCACAACACCCUCUAACCCUGGUGGUUAGAACAGCUGAGGAACAUACAACCCAAGAAGCAUUUCAAUGCAAUGUGUGCUGUAACGACUGCAAUGACUUAACCUACCGAUGUGGCCUGUGUAAUUUUAACUUGCAUGAACAAUGCGCUGGAAAACUUCCCACAAUAAAAUAUGAAGGUCACAGACACCUUCUCUUAUAUGUGGAGAAGAUAGGCCUUGAAGCUAAGUGCAAUGCCUGCGAUGACCACUGUGAUUCUACGCUACUCCGUUGCCCUCAGUGCAAUUUCAAUCUCCAUCUUCGUUGUUCUCCAUUACCACAUCGUAUCAAAAACAAUUGUCAUAUAGAUUGUCUCAACCUCAAAGACUCCCCCGCUGAAGAUGAAUUAGAUGAGGAAUUCUACUGCAAUGCUUGUGAGGAGGAAAGAGAGCCACGAUAUCCCAUUUAUUGUUGCGCAGUUUGUCCAUUUGUAGCUGAGGUCAAAUGUGUGAUCCCUGAGGUUAUACGGUUGCUAAAGGGAGAAGAUGGCGAUGUGGAGUUGAGGACGCCUGAAGGAAAAAUUGCUGGAAAAGUUAUUAGCAAAAGGCCGGAGGUGGAGAAGAUAUGUAAAACAGAAGCAGCACAAGCAAUCCCAAUAUGGAGGGAGUCAGAAGUAGAAAAAGUGAAGGCUAAGCAUCAAUAUUUACCAUUCUUAGAUCAUCUACUAAAUUUUUUCAGUAAAAUAUGCGAAGAGGAAGAGGCACAAGCAAUCAGAGUACGCGGUGACCUGGGUGUAGAGGAAGCAGUGGUAAUGCCUGCCGUAACCUCGGGUCAUAGAUCAAAGUUUUUCAGUAAAGAUGAGGAAAUGGAAUUGAGGCAUAUUUUAUUGGAUAAAGAAAUGGAAAUGAGUAGCGCUGGAGAGAGGUCGAAUGAUGAGCAGGAUAGCUCAGAUAUUUCCUAUUGGGACAAGGAAUAUAAAGAGCUUAAGCAAAAGCUUGAUUCCAUCGCGGCUGUGGAUUCCAUCCCAGCUGAGGAUUAUCUGGAAUUUUGGGAAGAAAAGGAGCAGUUUGAUAGUGUUGGGGAUUACUUGGUUCCUAAGAGCUUGGCCCCUAUCCUAAAAAGCUUAGUUGACAAAAAUGUGGAUGUCAGUGUCGAUACCAUAUCUCUCAGGGUAAAGAUGUUUCUCUUCGUCAUAUUAUGUCGGACUAUAGACAGCAUGUGCGAAACCAGGGUUUUGGACAUCAAAGAAGGCCGGUUAAUCAGUUGGUGGAGGUACUUGAAAGCCUUGCAAUCUAAGGGGUUCGAAAUUAAGUUUGCUUUGGAUCAUUUGGAGAGAGUCGUGCGUGCUUACCUUGGACUCCAGCUUACAGAACGAGUACAAAAAAGCCUUUUCAAUAUUGAAGAAGAAUUUAGGAAGAAAUCUGAAGAAGUCAAGAAACUUGGGAAAGAGUUGGAGGAUCUUACGGUCAUACAAAAUAACAUAUCCGAUGAACCUUGGAGAAAGUCGGGCUUAAUUGCGGAGUGCUUGAAAGAGGCCACCGAAUUGAGGUGGAUGAAAGCUGGUAAGGGCCUGCAGCUAAAUAUCUACAGCAAGAAAAAUCUGUAGAAUAUUUUCUUCUUCUUCUUCUUCUUUUUCUCUUUUCUUUUUAAGAUGUUAAGCUUUAAGCUUUCGCAGGGGUCACAUUCUAUGGAAGUAAUUGUGUUGGUGUUCAGUGAACCACGACUUUGACAAUGCCCAAGAUUGCUUCUCAAUGACCACUAAAAUCUGUAUCUUGUAAAAGUGAACACUUUUUGUAAGAAGCUGCUGCUUUUUCCAUUGUA